GUACGGCGAGCCGUCUGCCGGUCCUUUAACAAUGGGCGGCGCGAGCGCCCCGGUGCUGGGCCCUAGCUGAGGCGGGGGCUUUGCGGCCGACGGUCCGCGGCAUGAACGCUGCCGGCGUCCCGCGCACGCCGGCCGGGCUGGGGCUGUGAGGGCCGCGGUUCCGGACUGAAGUUGCAGCGUCUGGCCGGGCGCGCCUCUGGCUUCCAUGGAGUUGGAGGGGCAGUGGUGGCGAGGACAGCUGGCUGCGGAUAUUCACCAGGCACUUCGGUACAAGGAGCUGAAGCUGCCUUCCUACAAGGGCCAGUCUCCUCAGCUGAAUCUCAGGCGGUAUUUUGCUGAUUUGAUUGCCAUUGUGAGCAAUCGCUUCACGCUCUGCCCUUCUGCCCGACAUCUCGCUGUCUACCUGCUGGACCUGUUCAUGGACCGCUAUGACAUCUCCAUUCAGCAGCUGCAUUUAGUUGCUCUUUCCUGUCUGCUUCUAGCAAGUAAAUUUGAAGAAAAAGAAGACAGUGUGCCUAAGCUGGAGCAGCUCAACAGCCUGGGCUGUAUGACUAACAUGAAUCUCGUGCUCACAAAGCAGAACCUGCUGCACAUGGAACUGUUACUGUUAGAGACCUUUCAGUGGAACCUCUGCCUUCCCACGGCCGCCCACUUCAUUGAAUAUUACCUCUCUGAAGCAGUCCAUGAGACAGACCUUCAUGACGGCUGGCCAAUGGUUUGCUUGGAAAAGACUAAACUCUACAUGGCCAAAUAUGCAGAUUACUUCCUGGAAGUGUCUCUGCAAGAUUAUGCCUUUCUAAAUUAUGCACCUUCUUUAGUAGCUGCUGCAUGUGUGGCUUCCUCGAGGAUUAUCCUUCGUCUGUCCCCAACAUGGCCCACGAGACUACACCGUCUCACUGCUUACUCCUGGGACUUCUUAGUGCAGUGUAUUGAACGGCUGCUGCUUGCUCAUGACAAUGACGUGAAAGAAGCAAACAAGCAGAGGGGACAGUCGGCUCCUCAGUCAGCACAACUGACUGUGUUCCAGACAGCGCAGCCCUCGAGGCCGGCUCACUUCCAGCAGCCUCAGUAUCUUCAUCCAACCUCCGUGCAGUAUCGACACCCUGUGUCGGAACAGCCGAGCCGUCAGCAGAUUGUGUCUACCACACACACCUCGUCCUACACGCUACAGACUUGUCCUGCGGGCUUCCAAACUAGUGUCCAGGGCCUUGGCCACGUGCAGACUGGUGUUGGGAUGUCCCUGGCAAUACCAGUAGAAGUUAAACCCUGCCUCAGUGUUUCUUAUAACCGGAGUUACCAGAUCAACGAACACUUCCCGUGUAUCACCCCAUGCUUUGAGAGGUGAUGACGUAUGUAAGCGGGUCAUAGAUGAUCCAGACUGUUCUGAGCCCGAUAGCUCUGGAGCAAGCUUUUUGUACUCCUCUUCAGAAGGAAAGGAUACAAAUAGCACCACAAAGCCACAGGCACCAGCACCAGAAGACUGAGUAACCCUUUCAGUACCAUGAGUACCUAGGAGGACUCAGCAGGUACUGACCUGUGUCAAAUCCUAUGUGACAGAAAUGUCCCAGUUCUUGGCUGAUGGUCCAAAUAUUUCAAAAUGCUCAAUACAGCAGAAAAUUGGCCAUUCUAAUAUUUGACCUCUGGUGGGCUUUAGCCUUAUGCUGGCAUAUAUGUCAAAGACUUAAUGUUUAUCUGUGGACUUGCCAAAAAAACCAUCUUUUAUGAAGGAAGUUACAGUAUUAAUUUUUGAAGAAUUGUUUUAAUCUUGCAGCUCAGAGGUUUUUUUUUGUUUUGUUUUGUUUUGUUUUUGUUUUUUUUUUUUUGACCUACUGGUAGGUUUCUAAAUUCAAACUCACCAAUUGCUAAGUAUACUAAUCUGUGCAGUUAAACAAAAUUCAGAUGAUUUUAUAUAACUUCAUAUCAUAAAUAUAGGUGCUGGAUUUAUAUACUACAAUUAGGGGUGAAGCAGAUACAUACCUUGAAAUCAUGGUCAUAAUUUUUGUUUUGCUCUGCUACCUUUUCCCCGUAAGUGCUCAGCCCCGAUUCUUCAGGGUUAAGCAUAUUUAACUCAGGGAACCUGUAGUACUUGGAAACACUUAGCUGUAACCAGCAUGCCUUGGGAGUGUGAGGACAUGAAUUACCUGUGUAGCAUAGGCUGCGGUGCUCCUGCUGGGAUGAGAAUAGAUCAGCACAGGACAAAUGAAGUGGGUCCUCAGUUCAUGCAUGGAGAGGCUGGUCAUCACCCAUGCAGUCAGUGGCCCACACUCAGAUUGGCUCUUUAAGACAGUUUUCAGGGGAAGGCAUACUAUAAAGUGUCAGUGCUAGAGUAGAGUCAGAUAGGACUGUUCUGGAGUUGAGGGUGGCUGUGGUAGUGCUCAGGUUGGGCUAACGCAGCACUUUGUUGAGGGAGGGUGGUUCAGUGAACGCCCUUGGAAUCCAGCAAGUCAAGCAAGCAGGGCUACUGACUUCGGUAGCCACUUUCUGCGGUUGGCUGUGUAACUGCCGGGGGACAAGUCGUUGUAUUGGUAGUAAGUGAAAACAGCAAUAAUAGUCAUAACAAGGGCAACCUAGCCCUAAGAUACUGUCGGAGGUGCAGAGGACAAACUUCAAAAGUAAAAAAGUAACUGAUAAACUGUAAGCAUAGUUCUCUUGGAGGGAAGCUUUCUGGCUUAAAAUGAGUAAGAUGUAUUUGUUUUUAUAAGAUAGCACUUGAACAGAAGGGAAACUGGUAGCUAUGAGACACAGUGUCUGUUGGCGUGAGCUCACUGUAAAGAGGUGGGUAUGCAGCAGGAGUCAGUGGCCUUUGCUGGAAAGGGAAGGGCUCCACACGGGAUGGACUGACAGGGGCAGCUCCCUCCAGUGGAGAAGCUGGUGGGCAGCUUCUGCCAGCAGGAAUUCUUAGAGGAAUGUUCUUUCCUUAAGAGGAAGCUAACUUUUAUCUGUAGCAUACAGAAGGCAUGGUGUGGACUUACUGGUCUGGUGAUGAAAAUCACUCAGGUAAGAACACUCAUGACAGUUUUCAAGCUUGGAAACUGUUAUAGGAACAUAACGCUUUUGCUUUUCCUCUUUCAAAAGGCUGCUAAUUGGUUUUAUAAUUCUUAAGAAAACUUGAAUUAUUAGGAGGAAGUAGGUUCAAAAGAUAAUGUAUCUUUCACGUUCACAGAUAGAGCCCAGCAACAUGGAGUCAGUGUUCAGUAUUGUAACUACCUCAGUAAUGCUAUGAAUGUAAGAGAUUGGGAUAGAAUCCUAACUUGAAACAACAACCAGUGCCUGUGGUAACUUAAUGUCUUGUCAGUGCUUUUAUUGAUUGGUUAUGUGUCAUUCUUGUUGUCAAAGAAUAUUUGCCUUUUAAAAAAAGCUUAACACUUUCCAGUUUAUAUUUAAAAAGCUAAAGAACACUGGAUUAAUUCUUUUUGGGGAGUAGAGUCAAAUAAUUGAUGACUAUUGCUGCAUACCCGGAUGAUGGGGAGGCUGGAGAAUCAUGACUAUUUUAAAAAACAGCAGGAUUCAAGAUAAAUUCAACUCAGCAACAGUUAGCUGUGGGUGGGGGUGGGGGGAGGGUGCUGUGUGGGUUUCAUUUUGUUUAAUUUAUUAAUUAGUCUUAAAAGGUUUUUUUUUUUUUUUCUGUUUUGUUUUGAGAUUACUGGACCAUCAUUAAAUGUGUACUGUGAAAAGAUUAAUGAUGUGUGUAAAGGACUUAACCCAAGUCCAUUAAAUAAACACUACUCAAGUACAAAAUGCAAACCAAAAUAUCUGUGCUCUGACUAACUACAAACGUUGGCUCUGGUGCUAAGUCCACAGCGGGGCCAGGUGAGUGCUGUGCACUUGAUUUUAAAAUAAAAGUCGUUUUCAC